UUUUUACAUAUUAUGACCGGCGAUUCUAUUUCAUAUUCACUGUACUGAAAAUGUGAAAUAAGCACAUGUACCUUGAACGACCAUUCUGUCGAUAGUGGAAACUGUCCCCCCCCCCGCUUAUUUGUGAAAGUGGUUGCGUCCAACCAGUUCCUUGUUGUUAAACGCUUCGUGUGGUUCCUCGUCAUCGCCAGUGAGUGAGUAGUGUUUGUUCAGGCUAUUUUGGGUGAAGAAGUGAAAUGGCUUGCUCACAGAUCCGGCUAAAGAUUCUACCCAGCAUUCGCUGUCUCUUUGAUAAAGUGGUGCAAGUAAAGGUGGACGGACUUGCUCCAUUCAAACCAGUAGAAUUAAGAUCCAGAUUGGUGGAUGACAGAGGGGUGAUUUUCAAGGCCUCUGCCCUGUACAAAGCAGACCAAACUGGCCAGGUGGAUGUUUGCCAAGCACCGUCUCUGGGAGGGAGUUACACCGGAGUGGAGCCCAUGGGUCUGUUCUGGGGCAUGGCUGCAGACACUCCACACAGUAAACUCCUCAAGAAAAAUGUCCUCAGCCCAACGCUGCUGGAGUUAGCAGUAGUGUGCGCAGACACCGGUGCACUGCUGAGCUCCGAAACUAACGAGAGAGACUUCAUGACAGAAGGGAUGAAGAGGGUACCUGUUAAAGAUGGCAGAAUACGAGGAGUCCUCUUCAUACCACCAGGAAAGGGUCCGUUUCCUGGAAUUGUGGAUUUGUACACAUUAGGUGGAGGUCUCAGUGAACCCAGAGCCAGCCUCCUGGCAGGUAAAGGUUUUGUCGUUUUGGCGCUGGCUUAUUAUGGCUACCAGGAUUUACCAAAAAACCCUAAAAAACUGGAUUUGGAGUACUUUGAGGAAGGUGUAACAUAUCUGAGGAACCAGCCAGAGGUUAAAGGCUCCAGAAUUGGCAUCAUAUCAAUCUCUCACAGUGGUGCGCUGGCCUUGUCCAUGUCGUCCUUCCUCACAGGGAUCACAGCAACCGUCUGCAUUAAUGGCUGCAAUGCCAAUGUUCUGAUUCCACUGCACUAUAAGGACAUUGUAAUACCUCCACUCCCCCCCGUCAUAGAGAAUAUCAGAAACACAGACUCUGGGCUUUUAUGUUUACGCGACGCCUUGCCAGACACUACCUUGGAAAAGAACAGGGCGUCUUUGAUUCCAAUAGAACGUGCAAGCUGCCAGUUCCUGUUCGCCGCGUCUGAAGAUGACCUCAACUGGAACAGUGCUUUAUUUGCAAAACAGGCCGCUGCAGCGCUGAGACGUCACGGCAAAGAGUCUUUUCAGGUGGUUACUUAUCCAAAAGCAGGACACUUCCUGGAGGUCCCUUACAUGCCUUUCUGUCCGUCUGGCAUCCACGCGGCAGUGGGGAGUGCUGUGGUGUUUGGUGGCGAGCCAAAGGCCCACGCCGAUGCUCAGCUGGACCUGUGGGAAAGAGUCCAGGAGUUCUUCAAGAGACACUUGAACAGCAAGAGCACUUGUUAGGACGAGAGCCUGCCAAGCAUCCCAGAAUGGUCAUCAUUAGCUUUUGAGUGAAUUAAAUUGCGAUCGUGUAUGCACGUCCACACGCCUACUGAAGUGUUUGUUUUUAAAACUUGUAAAGGAUCGCACAACUUUAAAUGUCUGUUAAGGUGUUUUUACCUGAUGAGACAUUUGGACAGUGACAGUUUUUGUAAUAAUUGCACCUCUGUACACAACGACAGUGGUGUUAAAGAUAAAGAUACAGACACCACCAAUGUAUGCCUUUUUAUGAAAAGCCUCCCUAAUUCAGAGGCUUAUGAUAACUAGUUCCUUUUGUGACAAACUACAGAUAAAAGGUUGAUUAUCAUUUAUCGUGGCAACUCUAAAUUUGUUUUUUAAAGUCUUGUCGUGAGUGAAUGUAGAACGAAAAGGACAGUAUUAAAAGAAGAAGAUCAUAAAGUGUAUAAAACUGUACAAAUAAGUAAAAAGAUGCUGACUUUAAAAGCUAAUAAAGUGAGGGGUAACAAAGCUCAGUAAAUCAUAAAUAUUAGUAAAUUAAGAUUGAGUUGCUUCAUACUGUCCAUACACUGAAAGAAAAUGACACUAUAACCCAUGGCUGCAAUCUUAUAACAGUCUAAUUUAAACUAAUCAGUACAUUUUCAAAACAGUUAAUUAGAGCUGUCUUGGAUUCAAGUAAAUAAAUGUGUUUGUGGAAAUGAGAUCAAGUGGAAACUGCCAUUCAUCAUCUCUGAUGUUUUUUUAUAGGCUGUGCUCAUCAUUACUCACCUGAGUAAUGAGUAAUGUACGUAUGCAAAUAGCACUUUACAUUAAAGGCUUAAUAAGUGUUUUUUCAAAGUCAUUUUAUAGACUAUUAACUGUGGCGUGGACAUAAAUAACAUCUUAAUGUCUUGGGUCAGUUGUAGAGAAAAAACAAAGCAUUACAAUAAGGCAAUUUAACUUAAUUAAAUGUGUGUUAUCAGUGAGAUUUAUCUGUGAUGUUCAACAAAAAAAAAAAAAAACUGAGCCAAGUCAUUACAUUCUCAUUUCCUCCCGGAUCUGCUGAAUAAAUCACGGUGGGUUCCCUGCAAA